AAAUAUCGCGAGGCGAGGCUCCGUCCGGGGGGAAAAUUGGUUGAUACGUGUUGUCUUCUUCCGGCGGUGUGUGUGUGUGUGUUGCACGCGGUGCGCCUGUUCGCGAGGAGUACUCGGCGUCAGGUUUCCUGGCUCUCGACGACAGUUGGCGACGUCUUUCUCGCGCAGCGUCUCGUCUUAACGCUCGUCGCACCCCAUCGUGUUGCGAGACGUCUUCAGCUGCCAUGGACAAGCUCGAAAUUGCUGUUCUCUUGGCCGUGAUGUCAGCGGCGCAAGCCUACAUCAUUCCGCACGUGAAUCCUUACUCGCAUGUGGUACCCGGGAAAGUCUUCGUUCCUUACCCGGCCUACUUCGGCCACAUACCAUUCGGGCACCCACAUGUCGUGCACACGCCGGUGUUCGUCAUAGGUCACGCACCUCAUUCUGCCGGGAAGCCCUCGUUUCCUGGCUCCAUACCCGGCCACCAUCCGGGCAACGUACCCGUUUACCCGCCACACUUUCCCGGGGUACCGGGCGUGAUUCUGGACAGCGGACCAGGAGUCAGCAUCCCGCCUGCAGGCGGGCCGAGGCCGGACGGAGUGCCGCACCCAGGUGGCGCUCCGAUACCGUCGGGCCCCGAGUGCACGCUUUGUAAUGCCGGAGGCGGUCGAGGUACCAACGAUAACGGCGGGCCGGCACCGACACCAGACGAAGGCGGCCGAGGAGACGAGGGUCCCAUGCCUGGUGGGGAGACGCCCAGGAUGGGCGUUCCAGACGGGGCACCGAACCCGGAGGAGCCGAAACCGGAAGCACCGAAGCCAGAAGAGCCGGCACCGGAAGCACCAAAGCCAGAAGAGCCGGCACCUGAAGAGCCGAAGCCAGAAGCACCGGCACCCGAAGAGCCAAAGCCGGAGGAACCGACCCCGGAGGAGCCAAAGCCUGAAGAGCCGGCCCCGGAAGAGCCAAUGCCUGAAGAGCCGGCCCCGGAGGAGCCAGCAACAGAGGAACCGAUGCCAGAAGAGCCUAACCCUGAGAGGGAGGAACCAAAGCCCGAGGAAGAAAAGUCUAGCGAGGAAGACGGAGCCCAGACGACCGAACAAGCUUCAGUUGACGAACCCGCUCCAGCGCGUCUGCUGUUGCCGAAAAAAGCGCCAUCUGUCGGCAAAAACCGGAAAGGCGCCACCCCUGCGCAAGCGGUGGCCGCUCGUCGACAGCCGGGAGUCCUCCCGCCUCCGCUACGCGUCGUGGCUGUGCUCAACUUCCACCGCGGAAUGCCCUACAUCCAGCCCUUGCUGGCAUCGCCCGCGCUCUUCGAGAAGCGCAAGCCGGACCGAACGGCGCACGAAGGUCGCUACGCGUUGGAAUACUUCGUGCCGGCCCACGGACCGUUUGUGCCUUACGCCACGGGUGUCAUUCAGGGACCAGUGAAGGCGCUCGUGAGGCUACAGGGAUGAAUAAUAAACUAAACGCGCAUGUUCGCGUGUCAACGCGUGCGUGUACCAUUUUUAAGCCUCGAAUGCCUUUUGAGAACCACAAAUAGCGGCUUCGGACAUGGAGUGCGAAGUACACAAAGAGAACUUGAAACGAAGGGAAUCCAAGUAGUUACGUACCUCAAAGAGGCUUUGCUUGUAGAAAUUGCGAGAAGUUUGAUAGAGCCGCUCCAAUAGGACACAUGAUAUUUAUCUGCCUGCGAUAUGCUCUGCGAUGGGAAUAACUAGUAGAGCAUUUGACCAAUUUCAUAAAUCAACCUUUGUCUAAAAGGAUUUUAUUGGGACCUCGACCGGGACCCUUCUCGUGGGUUUGAUGUUCUAAAGGCUCUCAGAAAUCCUUGCAAGAAAGUGGUCUGGCUUUGUGACCUUAGAAAAAUUUUCGCUGUUCAAGCUUAUUCACCAG